UCUGUCACUUACGGUCACCAUGAAGCUGCUUGUGUUCACGUGGAUACUUGGGGUGUGCUGGGCUCAGUACAAUCCUAACACUAAGCCGGGCACAACAUCCAUUGUACACUUGUUUGAGUGGCGCUGGGCUGAUAUUGCUGAGGAGUGUGAGCGCUUUCUAGCACCUAAUGGUUUUGGUGGUGUUCAGAUUUCUCCUCCACAAGAAAGCAUUCGUCUUACUAAUCCAUGGAUGCCUUGGUGGCAAAGGUAUCAGCCCAUCAGCUACAAUCUUUGCUCAAGAUCUGGGACAGAAAAAGAGUUGAGGGACAUGGUGACGAGAUGCAACAAUGUUGGGGUUCGAAUUUAUGUUGACGCAGUAAUUAAUCAUAUGUGUGGAGCAAGUGGAGGUGCUGGUACCCAUUCUUCAUGUGGGACUUACUUCAACGCUGACACCAAAGAUUUCCCUUCUGUACCAUACUCUGCGUGGGAUUUCAAUGACGGCAAAUGCAGAUCACCCAGUGGAGAUAUUGAGAACUACCAUGACAUCUAUCAGGUGAGAGACUGCCGUCUGGUUAGUCUUCUUGACCUCGCUCUUGAAAAGGACUAUGUGAGAGGCAGAAUCGCGGAGUACAUGAAUUCCCUCAUUGACAUUGGAGUGGCAGGAUUCCGAGUCGAUGGUUGUAAGCACAUGUGGCCUGGUGAUUUGAGGGUGGUGUUUGAUAAGCUGAAAAAUUUGAACACAAAAUGGUUCGCAGAAAACACAAGACCCUUCAUUUUCCAAGAGGUAAUUGACCUUGGUGGAGAACCUAUCACAGCUAGGGAUUACUUUGGACUUGGCCGUGUUACCGAAUUUAAGAACAGUGCAAAAUUAGGCACAGUCUUCCGCAAAUGGGAUAAUGAAAAAAUGGCUUAUUUAAAAAAUUGGGGAGAAGGUUGGAGUUUAAUGCCCAGUGACAAAGCAGUAGUGUUUAUAGACAAUCAUGACAAUCAAAGAGGGCAUGGACCUGGAGGAGCUUCAGUGCUCACUUUCUGGGAUUCAAGGUUAUACAAAAUGGCAACAGGUUUCAUGUUAGCACACCCAUAUGGAGUCACCCGUGUGAUGUCAAGUUUCCGAUGGCCCAGGAAUAUUGUCAAUGGAAAGGAUGAAAAUGACUGGGUAGGACCACCAUCCUACAGUGACGGAAGCACAAAGCCUGUUCCCAUUAAUCCUGACAGCACUUGUGGAGAUGGCUGGGUCUGUGAGCACAGAUGGCGUCAAAUCAAAAACAUGGUUAUUUUCCGAAAUGUAGUGAAUGGUGAGAAUUUUUCAUACUGGUGGGACAAUGGAAAUAACCAAGUAGCAUUUGGCCGUGGUAACAAAGGAUUCAUCGUAUUCAACAAUGAUGACUGGAACAUGGAUGUCAUACUACUGACUGGCCUCCCAGCAGGAACCUAUUGUGAUGUCAUCUCUGGACAAAAAGAAGGAGGUCGCUGUACUGGCUUACAGAUUACUGUGCAGGGAGACGGAAGAGCACAUUUUCAGAUUAGCAAUAUGGCUGAAGAUCCCUUUAUUGCAAUUCAUGUUAAUGCAAAACUAUAAAUUUUUUGUUGUGAAACUAUUCAAAUAAACAAAAUGCUUAUGUAGCAUGGAUGUGG